AUGAAGCAAGCCUUACUUGAAGGGCGAUCUGAGGCCAAGCCACCCUCAGCUCCAAAAACUUUGAGUGCCCUAGUCAUGCAAGCCCGGACUAUGAAGUUGACUGCUCCAGCCCAGGAGGGCUGGCCUAUGAAAAAGCUGAGUCUUGUACCCCAGGAAGGCGAGCCUUCGCCCAAUGCCUUAUCUUGGGAUGAGCGGUCUAUAAGAACCCAGAGUGUCAUAACCACUGAAGAAAAGGCCUCAGACAAAGCCUUGAAUCCCCUGUAUCUCACAGUGAUUCCAGCAGUCAUGAUGAAGUUUAGCAGGCUCCAGAAAAAGAAACAAGCUGAGACUGAACUCGCUGAGAGCCAGCCUGUAGGGACAGAAGAAAAAGAGCAGGUUAUUGAGGAUACCUGUGGCUUGGCCUGUAUAGUAAUCCCCUGUUGCCAGCAGUUUAACAACGUUUACAGCUUCCUGGUUCUCUACUGCAUCCUGGUGCUAGCUCAAGGUACUGUGUUUGGCCUUGUAGACCUCAGCAAUGCCAAUUUUCACAAGGAAUAUGAAGUGAGAACAUGGGAGAAAAUGUUCUUGACACUAACUUAUGAUGUUACCUCAUGCCUGGCAGCAUUAUUUAUAGCUUACUAUGGAGGGAAGGGAAACAGAGCAAGGUGGAUUGCAUGUUCCUCCGUCCUAAUAGGCUUUGGAUCAUUUCUAUUUGCUGUCCCAUAUUUCAAUGCUAAAAUUCAUCGGUCAAUGUUAGAAAAAGAAGAUAUUUGCCAGGAAAACAAGAAUAUCAAUUUUUGCCCAAGAUCUGGAACAAUAUUCCAAAUCAAGUAUCUAGUUUUCUUCAUCCUUGGACAGAUGGUUCAAGGAAUUGCAGGAAUGCCUCUUUAUAUCCUUGGGAUGACCCUUCUUGACGACAAUGUCUCUACCUACUCAUCUGGCAUCUAUUUAGGUAUUGGUGAUGCUUCAGAAAUAUUAGGAUACGGUUUGGGUGUUACAGUAGGAGCACCACAUCUUAAAACUAAUAAUAAUACUUUAAUGCAAAGCUCUACCUACUAUGAGAGUGAUCAACCUGUAAAAUGGUACUCAGCUUGGUGGAUGGAAUUUCUUUUUGUCUCUGCAGUUGCAUGGUCCACAUUUAUACCACUUUUAUGCUUUCCACCUGUUAUGUUAGGUUCAGAAAAGAUAACUGCUGAGAAAAAGAAAGAAAACACCUUGAUUUACACCAAAGAUAAGGAAUCUGAAGCUAACAUUAAGGAUUUAUUUAUUUCUAUUUGGGGUCUGAUGAAGAAUCCACUGUUCAUGUGCCAAACUCUGUGCAAAUCUAUAGAAGCCUUAAUUAUUAUUGGAGCUUCCAAGUUUUUGCCUGUAUAUAUAGAAAAUCAAUUUAUAUUAACACCCAGGAUGGCAACUAUGCUUACAGGAGUUAUUUUAAUUCCAGGAGGUUCAAUUGGCCAUUUUCUGGGAGGUUUCAUUGUUUCUAAGUUAAAACUGUCUUGUAAAGGCCUGCUGAGAUUUAUAAUGCUUACUUCUGCUGUAUCUGCUGCAUGUCUUUCCCUUGUAAUUUUUGUAAACUGCGAUCCAGAUAAAUUUGCUGGAAUCAAUGAAAAUUAUGAUGGGACAGGUGAGGUAGGAAACCUCAUAGCGCCUUGCAAUGCUCACUGUAGAUGCUCAGCCAUGGUCUAUUUUUCUGUAUGUGGAAGAGAUGACAUAGAAUAUUUUUCUCCCUGCUUUGCAGGCUGUAAACGUUCUAAAGUGUUAAACAGAGAAAAGGCAUACUAUAAUUGCAGCUGCAUUAAAAAUGGAUUGUUAAACUCUGAUAUAGAAGGUGAUUUUAUUGAUGCCCUGCCUGGAAAAUGUGACACCAAGUGUUAUAAAUUACCGUUGUUUUUUGCUUUUAUCUUUUCUGCAAUUAUUUUUUCCUGUUUUUCUUCUAUACCACUCAAUCUGGUAAUUUUCCGGAUUGUACCUAGCAGACUCCAUUCUCUGGCCUUGGGCUUUUCCUAUGUGAUUGUGAGACUACUUGGGACCAUUCCUGGACCCUUAAUCUUUGAAUGGACAAUACGAAGUUCAUGUACUUUUCGAGACGCUAAUAUAUGUGGACGCAAAGGACGUUGUUGGAUCUAUAACAAGAUGAAAAUGGCCUCCAUAUGGGUGGGAAUAUGUUUUUCCUGCAAAUUAUAUACCAUCUUACUCGCUGGUAUUGGACUUCACCUAAUGAAACGUUUUAAAAAGGAAAGCAUAGAUGACCUGCCUGUAACCAUGAAAUCAAAAAAGAAAGAAAAGAAUUAA